UCCCUGUGCUUCCCUCACCCUGCCCCGUGCAUGUUUCAUCUCCACCAGGAACUACCCGCCCGCUCCAGUUCUCCUGAGUUCCUUUCAGUGAAGUUGAUUCCUUGUUUUGCUGCAGUGUCAUUGUUAUUCCGCACUCGCCUCCUGAUGUCAGACCUCCCCCCCCCGCGCAUGACGUCAUCCUGCCAUUGCUUCUCCCUAUGAUGUAGAAUUCUCUAGCUUUCCCUCAAACCUCUCCAUAGAGCUGGGAGCCACCGUGUUGUUGCUGCUUCCUGCAGGCUCCGCGGGUAUUGCCCAGUGUCCACGCCGGUGCCUCCCAAUCGGCUGGAGCCAGGAGAUCGCUCUGUGUUCUUUGUGCCAAACACCUAUCUUUUGCUAAACCGCCAUUAGCGUCCCCGCCCCCUCCUAUUUGUACAAAGCGAGGUCUUCUUGGAGCCCUCCGGUGCAGCCGACAUGUCUGAGAUCCUGCCCUACAGUGAUGAGAAGAUGGGGCAUUAUGGUUCUGAUGGAGAGGUCGGCCAGAUCUCUUUCAGCUGUCGUCUGCAAGAUACAAGCGCCUUCUUUGGGGGCAACCAGCAGAAAAGACCCCCCAAACUGGGGCAGAUUGGGAGAGCCAAGAGAGUUGUUAUUGAAGAUGACAGAAUAGACGAGGUGCUGAAGGGGGUGUCGGACAAGUCUCCCUCCGGAGUAUAAGGUGGAAGUGGUUGCUCUUCAGCGCACACACUCCUCCCUGAUUUGUAAGCACUUUUGGCUGUGCAUGUUUGUGGACAUGGAGAAGAAGGAAAGGCUUUGAGGCUGCUGGCAAAUCUCCACCCUCCACCUUGAUCCAGACCCUCUGCAGGUCUCUUGACGGUGCCAUCAGGCUCCCUACCACAUGAAUAGGGAGCUGUCCAUUUCAGCACCUUUCUCUGUAACUUCUCAUGGUCUUUCAUCCUGGGCUUUGGGGGCAGUGAUGAGUCUAAGUCCAUGUUAUAGCUAACCCCCAGCAUUUGCCCCUAUGCCAAGAAGAUACUUGUAGACUGGAGCACCAUGGAGUCUGUGCCUGUCGACUCCAGCUAUUGCCAGGUGCUGCCUCCUGCUUCAGUGUACACUCCAGGGGUCUGUAGGCUGAUAGAAAUGCACUUUAUCAUUUGACAAUGAAUUGUCUGUAGUCAAGUAAUAAUCUUUGUGUGUGAAUGGACCCACAGGGAACAUACCUGCUCAUUAUCAUAUCUAUAUAUAUAUAUAUAUAUAUAUAUAUAUAUAUAUAUAUAUAGACAUGUGUCUGUCUAUAUAUAUACAUAUAUAGAGUCUAAAUUGUGAUAGUUUAUACCAUGUCUCCCCCACCCCACCCAUGUACCAGCAUCUUUUUAAUUGUGGGACAUAGACUGGGUAAAUGCAUCCCCUUCACUUGAUUUGAUUCACUUAGCCACAUGUACAAGAUACCAGCAGGUCGGAAGCAGAGCAGCUGGAGGGCGCAGAGCAGACACAGGCCGUCCCUUUGCUGACUAAAAACCAAGCAAGAAAAGACUUUAUUUGCUCCAUCUCUUGCAUGAGCUUCCGAUUUCAUCCCCUACCCAGCACGCUCCUUUUUAACAGGACUCCCUACAUUUGUAUUUUUAUAAAUAAAUCUUUGUUAAUAAUAAUAUGUAUUCUGAAAUAUGCUGGUGACCGUGUAAGCUCACAUCAGAGAUGCAGCCACCUUCAGGAUGCUGAAGCACUUUCAGCUGGUUUGAUGGAGGUGAUGGGCAGUCAAAAGGAGGUGCCCUUACCAGGGCUCAUAUAACAUGCAGGUACUGCCUACUGUGACUCACUGUCCCAGCUUUUUGUCCAUUCUGUACUGGUAACAUACACUAAUAUGUAGCUUGCUCUAUUUAUUAGGUCUUAUCCAUGGAUGACUAUAUACUAAGCUUUUUUUUAUAUAAUGCAAUCCUAUAUAUAUAUAUAUAUAUAUAUAUAUAUAUAUAUAUAUAUAUAUAUAUAUAUAUAUAUAUAUAUAUAUAUAUCUCUCUCAUUGGCUCAUAGUAGGUAUGUGUCCAUUUAAUGUUUCUGCACAUUUAACAUGAAUAUAAGCAUUCCACAAUAAUUAUCUCUACAGUGCUAAGCUUUGACUAUUACUUCCUUUAUAAUGCUUGUAUAUGAUUGCAUAGAUUUCUGCCUCAGCUUGCAGUUCCUUCGUGCAUCACUCUUACAUUCUUGAGCAACAGAUAUGUGACUUUUUUCUCUGUGCUUUUGCUGCCUGGCUCAAAAUGAACACAUUAUUUGUAAAUGCUGAUAUUCCUUAUACCACACUUAAAUUUCACCAGCAUUUGCAAAGCAGAUCCUCUCAUCUAGGGGCAUUUUGGAGAAUACACAUUAAAGUGGCAGUUUACACAUGAGCACUUGGUGAGAUGGCAUGUUAUAUGCCUGGUGAUGGCACCUCCAUUCCUGCUGGAAGUCAUGCUUUGGCCUGUGUGGAACAAAGGGCUCAAAUGGCCAGAAUAUUUGAUUACAUUUUGAAAUCUUAUACUGUGAAUGCAUCUGGAGAAUGAUGCGGAAAAAUCUAAGUGGUCUCUGAAUGUGAGAUAACAGCUCUUAACCGCCUCUUUGGGAUAAAAUAGUUGUGUUUUUAAUUUUGUACUUUCUUUUUUUGAAAAGCUUCUUGAGUUUUCUGCAUGGACUUUAGAUUCAAUAAUAAUAAUAAUCUAUCAUAUUUUGAUUCAAAUAAAGCAAUGCUGUGCCAUUCUGA